CAUCCCUCUUUCUCUGUCUUAGACGCUAAAAUUCAUUUUCUUUGAUUUCAAAGGAGAACGCUUUCAAUUAAUUGCUACGACAAGAUCAGCUAUGUCAAGUCCCAUAGAGCUAUCGGGCUCCGCCACCAGAGACUCCUUCGACCUCCAAGACGACGAGAGUUUCACGCUCUCAGAUUCGGAGUCUUUCCAGCAGGGGUACUCCAAACUCUCCUUCCUAUAUACCCACCCACUCCUUUCCAAACCGUGGGCUGCAUAUCAUGCCUACUUACAGCCCAACGUGGGACUCGUGCUCAUCGUGGUGUCGCAGUUCUUCAACUCCAUCAUGGCGGUGACCUGCAAGUUGCUAGAGGCCGACCCCAUGUUUGAAACACCCAUCCACCCUCUCCAGAUCUUGUUUGUGCGUAUGGCCAUUACCUACGCCUUUUGCCUCGUGUACAUGUAUAUUGACAAGACACCGCAUGCGCCGUGGGGCCCCACAGGAUAUAAAAAGUUUUUGGCUCUCCGCGGCUUCACCGGGUUCUUUGGCGUCUUUGGCUUGUAUUACAGCUUGCAGUACAUGACGCUUUCGGACUCGGUCGUCAUCACCUUCUUGGUCCCCACCGUUGCCACCUUUUUGGCGUGGCUCAUCCUCGGCGAACGCUACUCCAUCGUAGAGUCUGUGUGCGGGCUCUUUUCCUUCGGCGGGGUAUUGCUAGUGGCCAGGCCGUCUUUUAUUUUUGGGAACUCUCUGUCGCUUGCUGACAGUUCCGUUGAAACCACUGAUCCCCAGCUCCGCCUUUUUGCAACCGGCGUAGGGCUUCUCGGCGUGUGUGGGGCCUCCUCCGUGUUGAUUGUUAUUCGCUUCAUCGGGAAAAGGGCCCAUCCGCUUAUUUCCGUGUCUUAUUUUGCGCUCACCUGUGUGGUUAUCUCGUUUGUGACACUCACCGUCCACCCGUCACUCUCCUUCACCGUGCCCCAGACCGGUCACCAGUGGUUUCUCUUCAUUCUCAUUGGGGUCACUGGUUUUGUGAUGCAGUUCUGCUUGACGGCCGGGAUCCAACGCGAAAAGGCCGGCAGAUCCAGCUUGAUGUUGUAUACGCAAAUGAUAUACGCUGUAUUCUGGGAGUUGAUCAUUUGGCAUCGAAUCCCCGGGUUCUUGUCUUGGGUCGGCUUUAGCAUCAUCUUGGCUUGUGCUGUGUGUGUUAUCAUGUUCAAACCCCAAGAAGAGGAAGUUCGUGCGGUGCCGAACGAUGUUGAGUACUCCGCUGGUACGGGGAAUAAUCUCGGCAGCACCACAGCAGGUAACUCAGUCACCGAUAUCCAGUUGUCCACCUUUGGUAAACCACAAAAUCAGUUAUAAUCUGGAAGGCUCCCUGUUUUGGCGUUGGACAUAUAGACAUGAUUCCCGUGUACCAGUAAAGACAUUUGUGCGAUACAUCUGGGAUGAAAUGAUGUACACUAUCAUGUUCUUGAAGUAUAAAUAUUGUGUGGUUCGUGGUAAUUUUGGCGUGAACGCCUUGAGCAUUGUAUAAAGUCGAAAGGUAUGAAACCAAGUGAUGUAUAUUUCUACACCAAAAAGGAGCUAGUACUAGGACUGAUGUAAUAAAAUCAAAGGUUGUUGUGUUAUACGUUUAUAUUACCUAAACCAGUGGAACGGCAUUUUACCGCCAU